AUGCAUGUUGAGAUACCGACAUACAACCUCCGGCUUUCUGCCGGUUACCGGAACCGAAAGUCCGCAGCUUCAGCGUUAGUCAAGGAAAUCACGACGAAUGGCAAUGGGGCCAUCCAUUGGACGCCAGACUCAUGGCGGUCAAAGUACGCUGCUCAGGCCGUAGAGUACAGUGAUACCAAUGCCCUGGAGGAUGUAUGUGCAUCACUCAAGCAACUGCCACCUCUUGUUAGUCGCUUGGAGAUAGAGCAGGCUCGUGUGCGCUUCUACCAUGUUGCUCUGGGUCGUGGCUUCAUCAUCCAAGGAGGGGACUGUGCAGAGAGCUUCCACGAUAUACAGCAUGAUAUCAUCCAUCGCAAGGUUGACCUGCUCCAUCAGCAAAGCCAGAUACUCGAAGAUGCGAUAGGAAAGCCUGUCAUACCACUCGGACGUAUUGCAGGACAAUACGCCAAGCCAAGGUCAAACCCCCUCGAGGUGCUCCCAAAUGGCGACAAGGUGCACGCAUUCCGAGGCCACAUAAUCAACUCUGAGGGACUCGAGGAUAGAAAUCCAGACCCAAAGCGGCUCAUGUUGGGUUACUUCUAUGCCGCUGCGACGCAAAACAGCAUCCGUCAUGUCACUGGGUUGGCGAAUUCAGUACCUGAGAAGGCAUUCAACAAGUGUCAUCUUUACACGUCGCACGAGGCACUUCACCUCCCCUAUGAAUCUGCUCUUACACAUGAGUCUUAUAACCUGUCAGCAACAUCAAUCUGGCUGGGUGAGCGAACUCGUCAACUUGAUGGCGCCCACGUUGAGUACGCUCGUGGACUGCGAAACCCUAUCGGCGUCAAGAUCGGUCCAACAGCCACAGCAGCAGACGUGAUUACCCUCCUUGACACUCUGGCUCCCGAUACUGCACAGUAUGGCAAGGUCACCAUCAUCACUCGCAUGGGACAUGGUAGGGUCGGACAGGUACUUCCCGCCAUCAUCAGAGCAGUGCAGCUCAGUGGCCAUCUACCGAUUUGGAUGUGUGACCCGUGCCAUGGUAACACAUUCACUACGCCCGAUGGAAUCAAGACUAGAAGGGUUGAAGACCUGUUGGCUGAGCUUGAGGAGACAUAUGCUGCUCAUCGGAGUCUUGGGAGUCAUUUGGGGGGUAUCCAUCUGGAGCAAACGGGAGACGAUGUCACAGAAUGCUUAGGUGGUCCAUCCUGCGAGAACGAGGGAGAUUUGAAGGCUUGCUACGAGUCGUUAUGUGACCCUAGGUUGUCGGGUGAGCAGGCGUUGGAUCUGGUGCAACGCUUCGCUGAGUUUGUGAAGAACUUUGGUUGA